GGCUCCAUGCGCGUACCGGCAAGGUAAUGGCCCCUUUCCUAACGCCUACGCCUAUCAUCAAUGGCUUUAAGGAAAAGGUUGAGUCUUUGCUGAUACAAGGAGACAGGCUUUAUAUUGGAACCAGUACGGGGAACUUGCACAUAUAUAGCGUCGAUGGAAGAAGUGCGACGCUCCUGGAGGUCAAGCAGAACCUAUUCCGCCGGGCCAUCGAACAGCUAGGGUUCGUCAAGGAGAUCAACUCUCUCGUGGUGCUGUCGGAGUCUCUGGUAACAUUGUACCCUCUUCCGACGUUACAUCCACCUACUGCCCUCCCGAAGACGAAGAGCGCGUUCUCGUUCGCCGUUCACUCCAGCGUGCAGCACACCCUUGUGGAUGGAAGCAAGCCGGACGAGGGUGACUUUGACAAGGCAGGAAAGGCGAAGACGGUGCCUACGGUUGUGUCCUAUCUUGCUGUGGGCUGCAAGCGUAAGGUUGUCGUGUACUCCUGGAAGGAUGGUGAACCCGAGGAACCCAAGGAAACUGUGCUUGACCACUCUGCACGAACUAUGACUUUUGUGAACGACGAGACCAUCUGUUUGGGAUAUCCACACCCUGAUUUCGCCAUGUUCAAUGUCACAACGAUGACCGUGGUGGAUUUCACAUUUCCGCCCACGGCUUCAACGUCGGUACCAGGCAUCAGCAAUGUCUCUGUGGGAAAAGGGAUUGGCAUGGGAGCGAUAAGCGGUUUAGGAGGUUAUAUAGGCUUGGGUGCGAAAGUGAAGCCGCAGGUCGUGCGUAUCAACGAUAACGAGGUUCUCGUUGGCAGAGACAAUGCUGGCAUAUUCUUUGGACUCGAUGGCAAGCCAUCCCGGCCGUCUAACGUCGAAUGGCCCGCGAUACCAGAUGAGAUAGGAUAUGUGAGACCGUAUAUUUUCUCUGCGCUUCCACCCGGAUCAACUUCCGUUUCAUCCCUCACGUCAACUUCCCCAACCUCCCCAGCCGCGGUUCACAUACGCUCCUCCAUAUUCUCUUCGGAUACCCAAUCGCAGCUUAUACCAUUUCCUUUUGAUCCUUCGCAUGCAAAAGCUGCUCCCGAACAAUACGUUAUCCGGGUUCUUGUAUCAGCGCCGCAGGCCAAGUCGCCGCUGUUAGCGGUUACGACACCAACAGACCGAACAACUGCGUCGACGGAGGGAAGCUCUAUAUGGAGGUUCGAGAUGAAACCUUGGGGAGAGCAGAUUGAUGAGCUGGUGGCGGCCGGCGCUUAUUCCGACGCGCUUGCACUUGUGAACAGCUUAGAAGAAGCGUUGCUACCUGAUAAGAGCAGUCGCAUCUCGCUCAUUCGAGGCCUCAAUGCGGUGUCCAAGUUCGCUGCCGGCGAGUACGACGUUGCGAUGGACACCUUCAUAGAACUGGAUAUCAAUCCUGCGAAGGUCGUGGCCCUUUAUCCAGAGCCAGUCGCUGGCCGGUUGUCUGUCCCUCAAGAUGCUUGGAUUCACCUGUUUGGGGGGCCACAGGUGUCGGAUAACGUUUCCGCGACGGAGCCCAAGGAGGAUAAACAUGAUGGCUCGAACGCGUCACAGUCGGAUAGCGUCUCGCCUUCCCGCGUGAUGUCUCCCGUGGGCUCGAUCAGCAACAUCAGGGACAAGCUUAAAACCGGUUUAGACGCAAUCCGACCAUCUUUCGCGAAGGACGACGAUACGGCCUCCAUCUCUGGCAAACGAAAGGCGCCUAUUAAAGACGAGUUCACUCGGUCCGUCGAAACACUGCUCCGAUACCUCAGCGACCGAAGGCCCAAAGUCGGAGGCGCCCUCGGCGCGUUCCAUAUCACCCCAGCGCAGUCGCACCAAAUAGAAGCUUUGUCUAAGGCGUCGGUCGAAGACCUGUUUGACCUUCCUAACUUGCCUCUAUCCGCGUUGACACCGGAUCAACUGGUGCGCUACGCUCAGAUAGUCGAUACAGCGCUCUUCAAGUCGUACCUGAUUGUCCGUCCUGGAUUGAUUGGCGCCCUGUGUCGAGUGGAAAAUUGGUGUGAGGUGACGGAGGUUGAGGAAGUCCUGCGCAGUCGACAGAAAUAUGCGGAGCUCAUUGACCUCUAUCAUGGAAAGAAGAUGCACGACAAGGCCUUGGAUCUUUUGCGAAGCUUGAGCGAGCAGGAAGAUGAUGUUCGCGACAAAUUACAACCCUCGAUCACAUACCUCCAACGCUUGGGGCCCGAAUAUAUGCAACUAAUUCUCCAAUCCUCACAAUGGUUACUCACUGUGGAUCCUGGCAUGGCGCUUGAGGUCUUCACCUGCGAAGAGCCUGAGCUUCCGCGUGAGCCUAUAGCGGACUUUCUCGAGGGCAUCGAUCCGCAGAUAUGUGCUCGAUAUUUGGAACAUCUCAUCGAAGAGCGCGAGGAGGAGUCGCCCAUAUUUCAUGAUCGUCUGGCUGACUUAUACUUGUCGAUGACUCUAGCAGCGAAAAAGCGGAACGACGAGAAAACAUGGAGGGUUCCCUAUGCGAAACUACUGCGCUUCAUCGAAACCACAGAUCGCUAUCAAACUGAUCGUUUGUUUGGUCAUCUUCCGAAUGAUGACCUAUACGAGGCCCGAGCCAUUCUGCUCGGUCGACUCGGGCGCCAUGUUCAUGCUCUUGAACUAUACGUGUACCGCCUCCAAGACUACAUGAAUGCGGAAGAGUAUUGCAAACGCAUCUACCUCCCAGACUCAGACACGGAGGACAUCUUCCUUUCCCUAUUACGCAUAUACUUGCAACCUACAGUCAAGACGUCUGCAAACCUCCUUCUGCCUGCCCUGGAUCUUAUCCGCCGCCAUAGUCCGCGUCUCGAUCCCGUGGAGAGCUUGAACCUGCUUCCUCCCCUGGUUACCACUCAGGACGUCCGCAAAUUCCUCAUGGACGCACUGCGUGCCCCAGUCUUUGAUACUCAAGUUGUUCGCGAAAUAAGCAAAGCGCGAAACGAGCAGAUCUCCCGUACAUUGAUGGCCUUGCAGUCUAAGCGGGUAAAAAUUACGGAUACUCGAAUGUGCCCGCAAUGCCACAAGCGCUUGGGCAACAGUGUGAUCGCAGUACAUGCGCCGCGUGGCGAGGUUACGCACUAUCAAUGCCGAGAAGCAUUCUCUCAGAAACUUGGGGGGAAACGCCAUUGAGACUGCCCCUUGGCCCGACACUACCUACAUAUAGUGACAUCAAUGGCACCGCAUUCACACGCAUCAUACGACCUUCGCGCCGUGCGGGAUGCAAACGGACAAGUUUCUGGCAUGCCAAGUUCUCUUUGGUGGACCAAUCAUGCAAGUACGACAGCCAUAGGUUUCUUCAAUGUAAGGCUGUUCCCGUUUAGGAACCGUACUCGGUAAUAUACCUACCUACC